UCACACACCCUAGUAGGAAACAUUGGAGCCGGAAAACGCGCGUUUUCUUUCUUAACAUGAGAGUAUUGUUCAAUCAAAAGUGUUAUUUUGAAAUUUUUCAUUUCAAAUUAUUCUUAAUUAUGAUGGUUUGCGUAAAACUAUCAACAGCACCAAGCUUAGACAAUCAAUUCCAACGAAAUGACAAUAUGGAUGGAGAAGAGAUACAGAUUACACAGAAAAGAAAAAGAAUACAAAGUGAACAAGACAAAACCAGACCUGAAUUGAAAAAGCAGAAGAAAGGCAAAAAAGGAAAUACGAAGAACAUGACAACUAGACGCACCAUAUAUAGCUCAUAUGUAUAUGGCUAUAUAUGUCAAAAGAAACAGAUAUUGUAUUCUAUAAUACAGGAAUUAAUAGAAAUCAUUUUCUAUUUUGAGUUGAUUUGUUAUAUACAUGAGUUAUCAUAUUUGCAAGGAGUUUCAUCAUUCUUUGUUCCUGCAUGA